AUGGUCAUUAUCUUGUUGCUUUGCUUGUGUUUCACACUCCAAAACUUUGAAGUUGAUGGGCAUAUCCCAAAUUUAUCCCAAAAUGGAUAUUUGGAUUCCGAGUUUGAGGAACGUUUGAAAAUCAUCAACAAGCCUCCCAUCAAGAGUAUUCAUACAGUGUUUGGGCACAUUGUUGAUUGUAUUGAUAUAAAUAAACAAUUAGCUUUUGACAAUCCUUUACUAAAAAAUCAUAAGAUCCAGCUAAAACCCAGUUUCAAAGAAACUACAACUGAACUAAAGGUAAAUGAAAGCAUAUUUCCUACACUUGGGAAUGAUUUGUGCCCUGAAGGAACAAUUCCUGUUCGGAGAGCAACCAAAGAAGACCUCAUCCGUGAAAAAUUGUUCUCAAAUAAUAUUGGUACCCUAACUCUGGUUAACCCUGGCACUCAUUUUGCAGGAGUACGCUUAAAUUUACGUCCAAAGGUCUAUAUCGGAAUUAAUGGAACUAUUAGUGUAUAUACUCCAACUGUUGAGGAGGGUCAAAUGAGUUCUGCUUAUAUAUGGGCUUCAAAUGGAACGGAUCCUAACUACGAAAACAAUAUCCAAGCUGGAUGGCAGGUAUAUCCAACGUUAUCUGGAGAUGUCAAAGCUCAUUUCUACACAUCUUGGUCAAAUGGUCAUCAGAAAACAGGAUGCACCAAUUUGCUAUGUGCAGGUUUUGUGCAAACUAGUCAAAGAAUCUACCUGGGUACACCAUUUAGUAGUACAUCGACCUAUGGUGGACCAACAUCUCAGAUGACCGUCUCUCUUACUCAGGAAGAAAUUACUACUAACUGGUGGCUAAGGGCUGAGAACACAUAUAUCGGAUACUUUCCCAAAGAAUUGUUUUCUGGUUACUUAUAUUAUGCGGAUCAAGCUGGUUGGACUGGUAAAACAAUUAGAGGUAAUCUUCCGAGUCCUCCAAUGGGUUCUGGACACUUACCAGAUGGCAAUUAUCGUCAUUCAGCGUAUAUUGCACGAAUGGCAUAUAGGGAUCGACAAAGACAAGAUGCUGUACCCCUUACAGGUGAGCUUGUUCUAGAUGCUGACAGCCCCCAAUGCUACAAUGUGACAUGGGAUAAAUAUGUCGAUGACAACCUACAACAUACUAUAGAAUUUGGGGGACCUGGUGGCCUGGAUUGUGAACCAUGA